AUGACUGAAGCGGAAGAAAUUCAUCAAAAAAUUGAGCGGCUUUGUCUGCAAGCAACAGAAGCAAUAGCAGCCAAUAAUUUAAAAUCGGCGUUUGAUUAUGUAACGCAGGCAAAACAAACAUUACCUGCCAAUUCUUGGUCGAACGAAUCAUACUAUGAACAAGCUCUCAGCGUGAAUUUACUGUAUGCAGAAUGCGAGUAUGUGUCUGGAAACCAUUCAUCAGCAGUGGAAGUAUAUCAGAAUAUUUUGCCGAAUAUUGUCGAUACAGUGGAUCGGCUGAAGGUCCGAUUUCUUCUUCUCAAGUCAGCAUCUGCAUCAUCAAAAUAUGAAACCAUGUAUGAUGAAUUUGUGGACUUAUUGGCGUCAAACCCUUCCACUCAUUGUCUAGUUGCUAAUGGCGAUUCAUUCACGGAGAAGUGGAUUGAGUCUGCGACCAAUCAAAUCAAAGACGUACUCCAGAAUUUUGCUGAUAUGAGUGAAAUUUUAGAAAUGAAAGAAUGUGCCGAUGAAGAGGCUAUUGCUUUUGCAAGGUGUAUUCUUGAAUGUGUGCAAGGAGUAUAUAUCGGAAAGAAUUCAAACAAAAUCUUUCUCUUCGUGACUCCCUUACUCUUGUUUAAAACAAUGAUUGAAGAUGGCCUCUAUGCAGAUCUUACACACACGAUUCUCGUUUCUCUAGGCUGGCAGUUAGCAUACUUGGACGAACCCAAGCUUGGAUGCGAUUUGGCUCAAGUCGGUAUCAAAUCGGCACGCGAAAACCACGCAGCAGAACCCAAUUAUGCUCUCACCAAAUUCUUUGAAAUUUGCAUUACUGCAUGUAAAGAUGGUCUGCAGGAAGUGUUACGAGUUUCUGAAGAGGCAUUUAAAGCAUCUGAACAAAUUGAAGAAAUUUCUUGGGGAGCUCAAAGCGGAGCAUGGCUAGCUCUUUCGUGUAUUUUACUUGGUUUAGAUCGAGACACAACGAAUAACUAUUUGGAGGAAGUUAAAACCUUCAAUAGAAAGUACUCUAAAGAAUUUGAGAGCGAUUUGGUAACGUGUCUAGAGCACAUUCCUAAUAUUUUAUAUGGUGAAGUGGAAUCGUUUUCUCCUUCGUUUUUACUUGAAGGAAUUGAAGAAACCACUUAUUCAAGAUUGAUCAUUUACUUUACAAAGGCGUUAAUACAUUUUGUCAAAGACGAAUUACAAGAGGCAGCAGAACAAAUUCAUGAGGCUGACGACGUCAUUGAUGAUGCGUUUGGAACGCCGUUUUAUUUACUUUACAAGUGGUUUUCAAUACUUAUAUUGACCUCAUUUUACGAAAAAUAUGAUGACAUUUCAGCAACCAAAGGUAAUCAAAAGAAGUCAAAACUCUCAAUAAUGGAAGUCAUGCUGGGACCAAAUGCAAAAGCUCCAAAAACCAUGAAAGAAAAAACAUUGGAGAGAAUUUUUGAACACGAAAAGGACGUCAUUGAUCUCUACGCCAAGUAUCCAGUGUUUAUGGAGGCUGCCAUGGGAUUAACAUCAGCAGAAAUCGCCAAGUUGAAUGGAGUGGACUCACUUCAAGUCAUACAGCUUUAUACAUCAGCGUCUGAAAUUGCUCAGCGUCAAAAUCUUCACUUCUAUACAGCCCUUAUCCAAACACGACUGGUCGAUUUUUGUUUAACUCACCAGACAGAUUCUAGGAUUUUACGAAACUAUUUUGAGGAUGCUCUUAAAACAUGGAAUUAUUGUGGUGCAAGUUUGAUGGUAAAUAAGCUGUCAGAACAAUACCAGAUUGUUUUUUCGCAACGACACUCAGAUGCUCACUCCUUACAUCCUCAAGAUUCUUUUAUGAGUUUCAUACCUCCUGAUUCGAUAGAGUUGUCAAAUGUUUUUUCUCAACAAGCAACACAUUUAUUAGAGUUUACUAAUGCCGAUCGAGUUUGUGUGAUUUUGAAGGAGCCCAACUCGUCAGACUUUAAGCUCGUUUGUGAAAAGGAACAAAAUAACGAGACGGAAGUUUUUGAAGAUUUAUUACUUGUGGAUGCAAGUUAUAAACUUUGUGUCACAGCGGCCAAACUUGCCAUCAAAUCACGUAAUGCCCUCACAAUAUCCAACAUGCAAGGAUAUGAACUUACAUUGAAUCAAUUGGCCUCAUCAUGCGAAUAUCUGCAGCAAAAUGAGAUUGUGAAAGAAUUAAUGGUAAUUCCUCUUAGUUGUGACACGCUUGUGAGAGGUGCCAUAAUGUUAGAGGCAUCUAACGAAGGAACCUUUACCAAGGCCUUGACUCGUAGUACGAAAUUGAUGUUGGACUUGCUCAUGGAUGGCUUGUCAAAACAGGUCGAUCAACUCAAAACUCUCUUAAAAUUUACUCCAACAAAUAGCUUGACACAAAUUGGAAAAGACUUUAGAACGCUUGAGCUCGGGGAUUCAGCGAUGAAACGCUCCACAGUGGUUUGUGUAGAAGUACGAAAUUUUUCUGACCUCAUGGAAUCAUUUUCAGUGCCAGAAACCUUGUCAUUUAUUAAUUCAUUCAUUGGACAACUCACUCCAGUGGUUGAGAAUAAUGGUGGAUUUGUGGAACGAUCACAUCACGGAAAACAUGUCAUUGUUUUUCCUGAAGCUCCUAAAAAAGCCUUGCAAGCAGUCACUGAAAUUGUUAAGGUCGUUCGUCAAUUUAACAAGGACUUUUCUGUGGGAAAUGGCAAAAAAGUACCAAUAUCCAUUGGUAUUGGCGUUCAUGUAGGAUCGUGUGUAUUUGGACUUGUUGGUACUGAAGCAAGGUUUGGCACAACAUUAUUUUCUGAAACUGUUUCAAAAUGUUCCCACAUUUCAAAGGCAUCGAACACACUAGGCGUCAUUAUAUGUACAACAAAGGACUUGCUCGAUGCUUGCAAUUUGACAGAGGUUCAUCUUCAAUCUCGAAAACUUGGAAAAUUCUUGUUGAAGAAUAAGAAAAAUCCUGUUCCUCUAUUCGAGCUCUAUGCCAAUGACUGGGUCGAGUACAGUUCAGAGACGUCAAAGCAAGCGAUGAAACAACUCGAUGAAUGCAUGGAUUUAUUUGCCAAGAAAAAUUUUGAUAAGGUUCUCUCCGUCAUUCAAACGUUGGAAAAAACCAUUAAGGAAAAAUUUGACAGCUCUCAACCAUCCAUUCUAGGAAGUGUUCCACACAUCAAACUCCUUCAGAUUUAUAGAGACCAAUGUACAAUGUUAAAAACAAAACAGUCAUCCCCGUCUCGUGAUUGGGCCGGUGAAAUUGCUUUGGAUCAAAGUUUUCAACCCAAAAUAGAAGUAGAACACACCGUAUCUACGCCAAAGACGAAUGAGAUCAAUGAGGAAUAUGAAAGGAAACUACGAAGCUUACAAUCUCAAUUGGAACAAGUCAAGAUGGAAAAUGAGAAUUUACGGUCGAACCUUAAUACAGAAUCGGGUAUGGGUUGUUUUUGUGUUCCAAGCAAGAAGAAGGUACAUCCAGCGCAUGACCAACAAUAA